CUUUAUUUUGCUAAUUUGCAUCUGGACAGUGCUGAGUGUGUAAUAUUAUAUUUGCAUCUCUUCCAGGAAACCUGCUUAUGUAAGUGUGCUGAGUAUUUUUCCCUCCAAUGAAAUUCAGGGUGUGUGCUCACUUUGUACAGCUGUCAGGGUUUAUUAGAGCCGCAUAGUGGAGGUCGGUCGUUAGGUUGUGUUUCAGACUUUACUGCUUUUCUCUCUAGGGCUAUAUGAGCACAAACCAGUGUGGAGGGAGAAAGUCUCUGGACAUGCAUUUGUAACUUCUGUUAUUCUAGAAAGCUGGAACACAAAAAAAUAGUGCAUGUGUCUUGCCUGUCCAGUCCAUUGUAUGAAAUGGAUUCAAAAUCAUUGCAACACAAGCACCUUGUAGAAGAUGACCCAUCUAGAAAGCCAGACCACAAAGAAGGACACAAUGGAGAUGAGCAGAUAGUCACAGAAAUCAUGGGAAGAUGUUUCUCUCCUUCACUGAUAACCACCCAAGCCUGGGAAGGAUUCCAUUUUGCUGACCACGAGAUCAAAAUUAUAGAAGCUACUGACAGUUACGGAGCUGUGGUCUGGCCAUCGGCUCUUGUUUUGUGCUAUUUUUUGGAAACAAAUGAGAAAUCUUAUAAUUUGGUUGACAAAAACGUCAUUGAAAUUGGAGCUGGAACAGGACUCGUUUCUAUAGUUGCCAGUCUUCUUGGUGCACAUGUGAUUGCUACUGACCUGCCUGAAGUGCUAGGAAACCUCCAAUACAACAUUGUCAAGAACACAAAGACAAGAUGCAAACAUGAGCCCCAGGUGAAAGAACUAUUUUGGGGAGUCAACUUGGAGAAGAACUUUCCUAGAUCUUUGAGCCAGUUUGACUACAUCUUGGCUGCUGAUGUCGUGUACCAUCACCCAUACCUUGAUGAACUCCUCCUUACCUUUGACCACUUGUGUAAUGACAACACCAUCAUCAUGUGGGCCAUGAAAUUCAGACUGGAGAAAGAAAACCAGUUUGUAGGAAGAUUUCAAAAACUGUUUAAGUUGGAAGUGAUCGCUGAUUUUCCGAGCUUAAAUAUAACCCUGUUUAAGGCAAAGAGAAGAUUCAGGGUGAAAAGUUCUCCAGUUACAGCAUCCUGAUGGCUAGCUAUUAGGUUGAGAAUGCAAGCACUUGAUACUUAACUAGCCUUGGAAUCUGUCUUACGGACAUGCCGGUGCUACAUGCGCAAGGAUGUUCAGACUCUGUCCUGCAGAACCCUGGAGUUCUAUAGAGCCUUUUCAGGGAUUCUGGAGAGGAAAGAAAUAAAAUGGCAGAGUUAAAGUCUGUUGUGUGAUGAGUGGUGCUUUGCUGGGUCAUUGUCUGAAAUAUAUUUGUUAGUGGUGGCAGAAUCAAACCAGAGGAGGAGGAAUAUUCAUAUUGAUUCACUGGGAAGGACAGUUGUGGUACCUCUUCCUGAAACCUAGUAAUCACAAGUAGAUGAAAUCAUUCUGUUUCUAGACUAUACCACAUCAGCACGUGGGAUUUACAUGACUUAAUAUUCCUCAGUGAAUAAAUCACUGCACAUAGAAAACUAGCAUGUCAGAAAAAAAUGAUCCCAACCCAGGCUUCUCCCUGGCAAGCUAGUUUGGGACCUCUUUCUCUCUGACAUGUUAAUUAUCUCUCAUCUCCUCUUUCUUCAGAUGUUUUUCAGAUUUCCUUCUGCUAUUUGUGACAACUGGGCCUAUGAAAAAGGUAUCACAAAUUCCCUUCACAGGCAAUACAGAUAAAUGUGAUGCAAUAUAGUUCCCCAUCUCUUCCUCACUGUUGCCACCAUUGACAAGUAUCUUUCAGACAAUGGCCAAGCAAGCACCACACAUCAUUCAGCAGGAAGUCCUCCAUUCUAUUUUUUCCCUCUGCAGAACCUCUGGAAAGGUUCUGAGGGACCUCAGAGCACCCUAUAGAACACACAUUGAAAACUCUGCCUUCAGGUUUUUCUCAGAUAUAGGAUACAUCUGAUAUAUUUUUAAACAGAGAGUGUCAUUUCCUUACCCUUACCCACAAAUUCCUACCUGUAGCAGAAAAUGUAGAGUUUGGUAUCCAUUUGAGUUGGCAGCUACACAGGUGAUGCUUAGCCCUUUGAGAAAGGUGUGUCACUUGUGUGGUUGCUAACCAUGUCAUAACAGCAGCCUAUGAAUAAAAAAAUAAAUAAAUGUUGUCUUAUCUUACCAGGGUGGGAGCAACUGCAAGGAAUAGUCUGAACCAGUGGUUUCCAACCUGGGGGCCUCCAGAUGUCUCUGAAAUACAACUUCCAUAAUCCCCAGCCACAAUAAAUUGUAGCUGGGGCUAAUGGAGUUGUAAUGAAGUUGUAGUUCAGCAACAUCUGGAGGUCCCCAGGUUGGGUACCACUGGUCUAAAGGAUGGAGUGGGGGGUUGCAAUUAGGGGAGCUGCAAGGUUACUGCCAAGGGUGGCAGCUCUGUGCUUCCUUACCCUCUCUCUCCUGGCAAUGUGGGAUAAAACACAAUACCUGAUGAGGUGAAUUUACUGAGCUCUGGGUUCUUCCAUCCUGGCAAGCAACAGCUGAUGAAGUAGUGAUGGAACGGGGAAACUUGGAGAAUAAUUGUGUCAAGUCACACUUUUCAAAAUUCCACCUUACCCUGCAGAGAGGAGGAGGAGGAGGAGGAAAAGGAAAAAGCAAGGGUUCUGAUCUGACUGGAUGGCAGAUCAAAUUUUGACAUCCAGUUUUGAUUGAUGUCUAGAUCCAUCCCAAGAAUAUUCUCACAAAACUGGUCCAACUUGGGUGCUUCCUGGGCAGAUUCUGUACUGACUAACCUCAGUAACCAGUAGAUAAGGUCAUCCUUUUUCCGGAGCUUCUCUUCCACCACCUGCCCACCACCUUUCUUUAAGCACACAUUGACAUCAUUUCUGUAAUCCUCUUAACUGGGCCAGUUUGAAUUGUUGUAGGUAUUAAAACAUUACAGGGAUUUGGUCAGGGGAAGCUAGUGGUCCAGCGACUUGGGUCCCAGCUUCUCCCAGCAAGAAACUCUGUGGUAGAGCAGGUGAGAGGACAUGGGUGAGGAGGUGGUGUGGCUGUGGUCUAUAAGGACACUAUCACCCUUACAAGGAUCUCUGUCAGCCCAUAUUGAGUGUCUGUACCUAAGCCUAGGGACCAAGGAUAUAUUGAGACUUCUGUUGGUGUACGGAUUACCCUGUUACUCAACCGAGUCCCUAUCUGAGCUGACAGAUCUGGUUACAGGGUUGGCAUUGGAGUCGCCCAGACUGUUAGUGGUGGGGAACUUCAAUGUUCACUUUGGGACUGGUAUGUGUGGAGCAGCUUAGGAGUUCAUAACAGCCAUGACAACUAUGGGCUUAUUCCAAGUGGUCUCUGGACCAACACAUGUUUUUGGUCACAUGCUUGAUUUGGUCUUUUACAAUGACCAGGGUGGUAUUCUGUGAUGAGGCACCUGUUAUUUCCCCAUUGUUGUGGAUGGACCACCAUCUGGUUAAGGUAGGACUUGCAGCCACAAUCCACCUCUGCAGGGAUGAAGGACCCAUUAGGUUUUGUUGGAUUUUAUAUUGUAGUCCCACUUUGAGACUUUGGGGCAGGCUAAUUACACAUAAUUUUCAUACUGUAGAAAUUAAAAUGGCACAACUUGAAAAUGUACUGCAUCCUAGUGAUGUCCACUGCUGAUAUAAACAUUGAGAAUUCUCACUGAUCAACACUAAUGUCAGAGGUCUGAUUCACACAUGCAUGUUCAUAACCUGAUGACUGCAGCAUCCCAGGAUAACUUGCAUGUUUGAAUGACCUUCUGCAGUUCAGAAUACAACAGAAAAACUUUUUAAAAUCUUACAAACACAAUGCUUUCCAACAUUUACACAUUCUGCUGCUAGUCAUCAUUGUUGCUGACUAAUCACUAUAAGAAAUCAGGCAGGUGAUGGAAACCAGCUCAAAUAGCAUCAUUCUGUGGUUGCACUACAGAUCUAUGGUCUUUUGGCCAGCAAUGUGCGGUUAUAGCUUAUCUUACAGACUCAUACUAUCUUCUAAUAAUGAGAAACAAAACACUGCAGAAAACACUAAAACAAAUAGCGUUGUGUGAAACAAGAUAUUCUGAAAUUGGAGCAUGUAUGGAUGCUUGCCUGAACUGAUUAUCUGCAUUUCAAACUUGUAAUGAAGAUUAGAUAAAAGAUGGUAUGAGUGCAUGCAUACAUGCACACACUGUCUGUCUGCAAAAAUAUUUCCAUUUGUCAAGUGUGUGUCCUAGCAGCUAUAUCAUCUUUCAGUUACUCAUUGACAAUGACAUUCAUUCUACUUUUGCAAAUGCUCUUACACUAUUUUCACUAUUUUUCACAAAUGAAUUGGGGGACUGCUUGAGUUAUGGAUAUUUAGGCACUGGCAGUCUUUUAGGGGGAGACUAGUGAUUUUAACAUUAUUUGCUGCUGUAGUGAUUCUCAUGCCCAUGUGACUUGGAUGACAGUGGGUUUCCAAGUUACUUUGGCAAAUUGAUAUACUCAACUGAAUAAUAUACCAUGUGGUCCAGCAAUUUCCCCCACUUGUCUUGCUCUAUUAAAAAUGCAGCUUGCUGGAUUUCCACGAUGCUGUGCAGGGUUAGCAUUCUGGGCAAGAAAUAUUCAGCUGUGCUGCCACCUUGUGGACAUUUGGAAUUAAAACAAGCUGGGUCCAAACAGAACUCGCCAAAGCUUUCUCAGCAUUUAGGGCAGGUUAGCUUAAACUGACAACUUCUCUUUACAGAAUAGUCCAGACUAAUAGUCCAGGGAGAGAAUGGAGAGGUGGUGAUGCUUAGAGGCAAUACUAGUGGCAAUAUGGCUUCUACCCAGUUACAAGAGUCACAGACUCUUACAACUGAAAGACAUAGACAUACUGAUAUACACAGAAGUAUGUAUGUGUAAAUAAAUAUAUGACUGUUGGAAUAAGCCAAACUGGUUACAACAAAUAAAUCUGUGACUUGUUUUUACUUUA